UCUUUUUAUCCAUUGAGUAGGACUUCUAUCGUACAAACUUUAACGUUUCUCUGAGCUGCUUCUUCCUUCGCAUCAUAGACAAGAUGUCAACACAUAAGAAAAAGACGAGGAAGCUGCGUGGUCAUGUCAGUCAUGGACAUGGACGGAUAGGCAAACAUAGAAAACAUCCUGGUGGUCGUGGUAACGCUGGUGGUCUGCACCAUCAUCGUAUUAACUUUGACAAAUAUCAUCCAGGUUAUUUUGGAAAGCUUGGUAUGAGAAACUAUCAUUUACGUCGUAACACUAAAUGGUGUCCAACAUUGAAUUUAGACAAAUUGUGGACAUUAAUACCUGAACAUAGAAGAUUGCAAUAUAAGCAGACGCAAGACAAAGCACCUGUUAUCGAUUUGGUUAAAGCGGGAUAUUACAAACUCUUGGGAAAAGGUCGUCUGCCUAAACAACCUGUUAUCGUAAAGGCUAAAUUCUUCAGUAAAUUGGCAGAAGAUAAGAUCAAGGCAGUCGGUGGUGCAUGCAUUCUUUCCGCAUAAGUUAUAUGUGACUUGGUGGGUGGGUGUGGAGGGGUGGGGAGGGGAGGGCAGCGGGAAUUCUCGAUGCGCGCACUUCGACUGUGUACAUAAUGUUCUUAAUAAAAUCUAAAAGAAAUCUAA